GGCGCGCUCCCUCGGCGGCGCGGCGCUCCCCUCCCAGCCCUCGCGCCCGCGCUCGCCCUCAGCGCGGCCCCCGCCAUGACGGAGGCGGGUGCCGGUGCCGCCGCCGUCGCAGGGGGGGAGUCGGGCUCCCAGAAAGUAGCUUGAUGAGUGUCCAAAGUAGCAGUGGAAGUUUGGAGGGGCCGCCAUCUUGGUCCCGGCUCUCCACGUCUCCAACCCCGGGCUCGGCGGCGGCGGCCAGGUCCCUGCUGAAUCACACGCCGCCAUCCGGGAGGCCCAGGGAAGGUGCAAUGGAUGAGCUUCACAGUCUGGAUCCAAGAAGGCAAGAAUUAUUGGAAGCGAGAUUUACUGGAGUUGCUACUGGGAGCACUGGGAGUACUGGGAGUUGCAGUGUUGGAGCGAAAGCUUCAACAAAUAAUGAAAGUUCUAAUCACAGUUUUGGAAGCUUAGGAUCUCUAAGUGACAAAGAAUCCGAGACACCAGAGAAGAAACAAUCUGAAUCAUCCAGGGGAAGAAAGAGAAAAGCAGAAAGUCAGAAUGAAAGUAGUCAGGGAAAAAGUAUUGGGGGACGUGGCCACAAGAUUAGCGACUAUUUUGAAUACCAAGGUGGAAAUGGCUCGAGUCCAGUAAGAGGCAUACCUCCAGCAAUCCGUUCUCCACAAAACUCGCACUCACAUUCCACUCCUUCCUCAUCUGUUCGACCGAAUAGCCCUUCUCCUACUGCAUUAGCUUUCGGGGACCACCCUGUUGUACAACCAAAGCAGUUAUCCUUUAAGAUCACUCAAACUGAUCUUACAAUGCUGAAAUUGGCAGCAUUAGAAAGUACUAAAAAUCAGGACCUGGAGAAGAAGGAAGGCCGGAUAGAUGAUUUGCUCAGGGCCAACUGUGAUCUCAGGCGGCAAAUAGAUGAUCAACAGAAGUUACUUGAAAAAUACAAAGAACGAUUAAAUAAGUGCAUAUCUAUGAGCAAGAAACUGCUUAUUGAAAAGAGUACACAAGAAAAAUUAUCAAGCAGAGAGAAGAGUAUGCAAGAUCGGUUGCGCCUUGGGCACUUUACAACAGUUAGACAUGGCGCUUCUUUUACAGAACAGUGGACAGAUGGUUUUGCAUUUCAAAAUCUUGUAAAGCAACAAGAAUGGGUGAAUCAACAAAGGGAAGAUAUUGAACGGCAAAGAAAACUUCUAGCCAAACGCAAGCCUCCCACAGCUAAUAAUUCUCAGGCACCUGCUACUAAUUCUGAACCAAAACAAAGAAAAAACAAGGCAGUCAAUGGAGCAGAAAAUGAUCCCUUUGUUAGGCCAAAUUUACCACAACUGCUGACUCUGGCAGAAUAUCAUGAACAAGAGGAAAUUUUUAAACUUAGACUAGGACAUCUCAAAAAGGAAGAAGCUGAAAUCCAGGCAGAACUGGAGCGUUUGGAAAGGGUCAGGAAUCUUCAUAUCCGAGAGCUGAAGAGAAUCAACAACGAGGAUAAUUCACAGUUCAAAGAUCAUCCAACGUUAAAUGAAAGAUAUUUAUUACUUCAUCUGCUUGGAAGAGGUGGCUUUAGUGAGGUGUAUAAGGCUUUUGACUUGUAUGAGCAAAGAUAUGCUGCUGUGAAGAUCCACCAGCUUAAUAAAAGCUGGAGAGAUGAGAAAAAAGAAAACUACCACAAACAUGCUUGUAGAGAGUAUCGAAUACACAAAGAACUGGAUCACCCCAGAAUAGUUAAACUCUAUGAUUACUUCUCCUUGGAUACAGAUACGUUUUGUACAGUGCUAGAGUACUGUGAAGGCAAUGACUUGGACUUCUACCUGAAGCAGCACAAGUUGAUGUCUGAGAAAGAAGCUCGGUCUAUUGUGAUGCAGAUUGUGAAUGCCUUAAGAUAUCUCAAUGAAAUCAAACCUCCUAUUAUACAUUAUGACCUUAAGCCAGGAAAUAUCCUUCUGGUAGAUGGAACGGCAUGUGGAGAAAUCAAAAUCACUGAUUUUGGUCUGUCCAAGAUUAUGGAUGAUGAUAGUUACGGUGUUGAUGGGAUGGAUCUGACUUCCCAAGGGGCAGGCACUUACUGGUAUUUACCUCCUGAGUGCUUUGUCGUUGGAAAAGAGCCCCCGAAGAUCUCCAACAAGGUUGACGUGUGGUCCGUCGGGGUCAUCUUCUUCCAGUGCCUCUAUGGAAGAAAACCAUUUGGUCACAAUCAAUCUCAACAAGACAUUCUACAGGAAAACACAAUACUAAAAGCCACAGAAGUCCAGUUCCCUGUAAAACCAGUUGUAAGCAGUGAAGCCAAGGCCUUCAUAAGACGCUGUUUGGCUUACCGAAAAGAAGAUCGAUUUGAUGUGCACCAGCUGGCAAAUGACCCAUACCUUCUGCCACACAUGAGAAGAUCAAAUUCUUCGGGAAACCUACAUAUGUCUGGGCUGACAGCAACUCCCACACCUCCUUCUUCAAGCAUAAUUACUUACUGAUUCUCCUCCAAGAUGGCAUGAUCUCUUCUCUUUGAUUGGCUUCCAGAUGCAUACUUGAAUUUGAGUGCAUUUGAGUGUUUGUGGUUUUUUUACAUGGGACAUGGUUAAGAAGUGUUUGUGGACUAAAGCUCUCCAUGGAGUCCUUUGUGUGAGAGUGGAUCAUGAACAGUGACUAAGUACACACUCCUCACUGCCCUGGAGCAGCACAAAACAGGAAUACCAUGUUACCUUAGGACAAGGGGGACUCUGUAAAUAACGUUUAUAAUACUUAAAUAUAUUUGAUUGUUACCAGAGAGUUCUAAUAUGAAGGGUAGUUUUUCAUUAUUUAAGAACACAUGGAAAAAUGAUGAGACAUUUGUAACACGGGAGCUACAGUGCCUGGUACAGCGUCAGCACUCGGCAGCUGAUCUACAGAAACCAAAGCAAGAACGGACUGACAGCGGCCGUUGUGUUUUAUAACAGAAUGUGAGAGUUAGGGUCUUUGGACAGUUGUAGACUUUGUCAUUUGCCUAUUCUGGCUUUUACCAAGUUGUACCUCGAAAUCACAUGUCAGUGGUCUGCUGCCCUACCCCCCAUCCCUCUUAACUGGUUGUGUUAAAGGCGAGCUGUCAUUUUUGGACACUUUAUACCUUUAACACAAAGAGCUGCCUAUUUCAAAUCAGUUGAAGUUACUAAAUUAUAGUAUUUCCAGGGCUUUCAGUGUUUUAGAAUUAACAGGCAUUUUUCUUUUGUUUCCAGGCCUCGUUCAUUAAAACAGGAGACAGUGUGUAACCAAAAGCAGGCCAGUUGUAUGCAGGAUAAUGAUGAAUUCCCUUCUGGCUCUAUUGUAAACUACUGUACAGAUGUCGGAUUACAAUUACUGAGUUUCAGCAGCUUAUUCUUGUACAAAUGUUUAAAAAUACGGCUUUUCUAAUUGGAUAUUGUAUUUUUUUUAAGUCUUCUUGAAGGCGCUUUAAUUGCUGCUAAAUGAUAUUGCUUUUUUGCUAUAAAAAAUUGAAUGACCUUCAAGGCACAAGUUGACUGUACAUCCUAGAGAGAUAUUAAAGCAGGCACUCAUUAACAAUCAAGGCAUGUAAAUGAUCCAUGUUGGGCAUAUUGAGUUCUUUAAAUCAGUUUUUUAGGUUCUAGAGCUGUGGAACACAUAGAAACUAGAUUUACAAAUUGUUCAUGUUUAUUCUACAUUUCUAGAAAGUUCUUAGCAUCAAGGUGGGAUGAUAGACCCAUAGAAUGUUUCUUGUGGUUUGUACAGAUUUGUUAAAAUGUGAACAUUUUCUAACUGCCUUGUGUGGUAGAAACCAAUAUUUUUUGGGGGGAUGCUGUAUUUCAUUCUUGUAAGGAUUUUUUUUCUUUAUUGUCACAUUCAUAAUGCUGAGACUUACAUGUAAGUUGUCCAUGGUGCAGAAAACAAGCUAUCCCUGCCAGACAUCCCUUAACAUGUACAGUUAAACUGUGGCUCUUACCUGGUGUUGCAAGCCAUUUUGUUUGUUUGUUUGUUUUCAUUGUACAUAGACACAUUGUCUGUUUAAGAUGCUGCUGGAAUUAUAGAGAAUGUAGCCAAACAGUAAUAAACAAUGACAGUAAAAAUGUAAAGACUGUGAAAAUUACAUUUCAAAGAACCCUUAAGAUUGAGGGUUCCUAGCUCCUCUACUUAAAGGCAGAUGAAUAAACUCCUUAAGCAUACUCAAG